AUGGUGAACUUUUCCCGGUCAUGGCUGACUUCCGGCCUUUUACUCUCCUUUGCUGCUCAGCCUAUCCUGGGUCUGGAGCUGGUGGAAAUUGACCCGCCGACUUCUGAUCUCGCCGCUCGAGGCGAGAACCUCCCGUUCGAGGGCUUCGAUCGUAUGAAGUCUGACUCCCUCUACUGGGGUGCUAGCGCCGAUGGUAAAUCUUCUCUGGCUAAAUUGACCGUCGACACGGGUGAUGAGAAGGUCAGCAUUAUCAACAUCGAGAAGUUCCGCAACAAGCUCCACAGCGUGAACUGCACUCAGACCACCUUGUCGGUCGACUACACCGACCCCAACUCUUUUGCCCGCUCCCAGAAGGCAUGGAACUGGAUCAACGAGGAGGACGACCGUACUCUGAUCGUCAUUGCGGGUCGUGAACACUGCGGAUGGAACAAGAACCGUAUGCCCUUCGAGGUUUCCAAGAUCUUCUUCGACGAGAACACCCAGACUGCCAAGUUGACCGGUAAGGCCUCGACCUGGGAGACCGUUCUCCAGAACUACGAACUCACCGUCGGCAACUGGAACACUGGCUCAACUGGUGGCAACGAGAAGCGUGACUACGACAAGGACUUUUCCAUCGACUUCAACCAUGACAUCGAUUUCAGCAAGGAGAUCCCUAUCCCCAACACUGACAUGCAUGUCACCUUGGGCUGUGAUGAGUGCAAAUCCCGCGGAUCCUUUGACUUCGGUUUCCACAUUGAGACCAAGUUCGGUUUCCCCAAGUCCGCUUCCGUGAACAUGAAGCCUAGCGGCGUGGGUCUUGACAUCCGACCCUCCAUCGGAAUCGGCGGUAACUUCACCGAGGAGAUGGGUGACGAGUUCGACGUGGCCACCAUCCCCAUCGGCGGUAUCUCCAUCAAGGGCAUCCUCGAGAUCGGACCCCAGAUCGUUUUCAGCGUUGGUUACAGCUUCGGUGAAGUUGCCGGUGAGGCAACCAUCUCCGCCGGUGUUUCCCUUGACAUUGACGACUCUGCCACCCUGGACAUUGAUAUCAGCGGCGCCGACGUCACCUCUGACGGAUGGACUCCUUCCGUUUCUCCUCUUCCCCUCAAGGUCGAUGCUCAGAUCGAAGCCACUGCUGAGGUCUACGCCAAGGCUUCUGCUCAGAUUGCCGUCGAGGUUCUCGGAAAGGGAUGGGAAGCCGGUAUCGACCUGAAGCCUUCCGUCUCCGCCACCCUCACUCUGGCUGAAUCGUCCGACGGUGUCUGCUCUGACGACGAGGACAAGCACAUCUUUGGCGUUACCUUCGCUCCCUCUGCCGGUGUCAGCCUGGACGCCACUCUGGCCAAGGCCGACGACAAGCAGAACCCCAUUGCUGAGGCGACCAUCGCUGAGUACAACGCCGACAUCGACGAGAAGUGCUUCCCCUUCGGCCCUACUCGUGCCGAGGAGACCACCAGCGCUGCCCCCACCACCACCACGGCCGCUGCUACUUCUUCCACCCAGGUCGCUUCGUCUACCGCCGUGGCUACCACCUCUUCGGUUGCUGUCCCCUCGCAGCCUGCUCCCCCGUCGAACCCCACCACCACCUCCGUCGUGAACUCGACUCCGGUGGCCACCCCCAACCCUUCGGGCUCGGCUGCUGCUCCCAACCUUCACCUUCGUGACCACCAGCGCCGUCACCGUCGCCACGCCGCCCGCUUCUAG